AUGUCUUUCCAGCGCAGCACAGAUGCCAUGAUAACCUCAACCGACAAGGCUACCCACGUAUCCAUUGACAACCUCAGGAUUGGAUCCGGCGAAGGUGCCCCAGCACCACAGGGACUUGCGUCAGGCCUAUGUCCAUGCCAACCAUGUGGCGGCUACCACUACGUGCCAGAGUGCAUCUACACCAUCCCAUGGUCCGACUGGCUAGCAUACCAAUCCGAACACAUGCCAUCUCAACUCGAUCAGCUUGCAGGUGCUUCCAACAUCUCACCCCACCAGCUCGAUUCGGAAUCGCUGCAAGAGCGAGUCUCAUGGCUGGACAGACUCUCCUCAACCUAUCGCCCCAACUACGUCGGAAAAAGCCGCAUGAAAGCCGACAUCAUGACUCCCUCCGCAAUUGACUCCUACUGGUACGAAACGAUCUGGCAGAGUAAGCUGCGGGCUGGGAGUAGGUAUCGUGCGAGGAAGGAGUGGCUUCAGCGUCCUGUUGCUGUUGAUAGUGGGCAGACUUAUGGUAAUCUUGAUGGGUAUGAGAGUGAGGAUGAUGCGACGAAGAUUGAGCAUCUUAAGGCUAUUUUCGGGAGGAACUUGCCGCAGACUUCGACUGCGACGUUGUUUAAGAGGGAUCGGUUGAUGACGGUGGAGCAUGACGAGGAGGGAGGGUGGGAACUUGUUGACAGCCCGGUGAAGAUGAGUCUUGCUGAAAGGCGAGAUAUGGCAUCUGCAAGCUGA